ACAAAAUGGAGCAAAACAAAACACCGGCGGCACCAACGACGCACUUGAAGAGCACUAGAAGCUCAGCAGAUGAUUUUGCUACACCUAAGCCGCAGUCCUCAGACUCCAGGCAGGAGCAUAAUCCAUUUGAGGCGACAAUAAAGGAAAGGCGGGAAAAGGAUAGACUUGAACAGAAUAGAGAACUUGAGUUAUCUCGUACUACUACUACAACUUCUGUCACAUCUGGUACGAGUACACCAUCAGCGAAUUCGAGAACGCCAUUCAGACAACAAUCAUCAAAGGAUACAUUGGGCAGCAAAGGUUUGUUAACUGUCAAGGUUAUGGAAGCCAGACGAUUGGCUGUCGUUGAUAGCACCAAGGCACACUCAUAUGUUGUCGUCACAUUCGAGAACAACGAAUUCGUUAGUAGAGAACCCAUAGGAGCAUCUGAAGGCGUAGCAAGAGGUUUCCCAAAGAAAUUAGAGUCUAGCUUAAGAAGAACUCCAUCCAGUGGGGCUCGUACUCCAACUACACCGGAUCCAACGAAUAGAACAAACAGGGCAAGUCCACCAAUCACAGGUCUUUUAGGCCAGAACGGUGAUUCUCCUGUAUGGAAACAUCAAGUUACUUUCGAUGUAUCACGGGAGGAUUCUCCGUUAGAAAUUGCGGUAUAUGAUAGAGAUCACUCCACAGCAGCAGUAGCUGAAGCUCUUAGUCCAAACAAGCAAACAACAGAUGAAAGUCUCGCAAACCUUACAAUUGAUCCUCAACCAGGUGAGGAGGAUAGCGCCGUACAUUACAUAGGAUAUGAAGGUGAAAAAUAUGUCGGCAGCAAAGAAAUACGCCCACAUCUCAGCCCAGGUGCUGAAAUUGACCACUGGUAUGAACUCAGUAGACUUGGUGAAGAUGGUCGUGAAAUCGUCACAGGUGAAAUUCGUUUACAAAUUCUUUACGAACGUUUCGCUAAUAAACAUGCAUUAAAUCCAAAAGACUUCGAAUUUUUGAGGUUAAUCGGCAGAGGUACCUUUGGUAGAGUAUUUCAAGUUCGUAAGAAGGACACUAAGCGUAUUUAUGCUAUGAAAGUAUUAUCAAAGAAAGAAAUUAUCGCAAAGAAAGAAGUCGCACACACAAUCGGUGAACGUAAAAUUCUACAAGUUUCACUGGAAUGUCCAUUUUUAGUUGGAUUGAAAUUCAGUUUCCAAACUGAGAAAGAACUCUACUUUGUUACAGAUUAUAAGUCUGGUGGUGAAUUAUUCUGGCAUUUACAAAGAGAAGGAAGAUUUACUGAAGAGAGAGCAAGAUUUUACAUUGCAGAACUCGUACUAGCACUCGAGCAUCUUCACAAAUACGACAUUGUUUAUCGUGAUCUCAAACCUGAAAAUAUCUUACUUGAUGCAACUGGACACGUUGCAUUAUGCGAUUUUGGAUUAUCAAAACCUGAUCUACCAGCAGAUCAACUUACUUCAACAUUCUGUGGUACAACUGAGUACCUUGCGCCAGAGGUGCUAUUGAAUGAUGAUGGUUACUCAAUGUUAGUAGAUUUCUGGUCACUUGGUGUAUUAUUAUUUGAAAUGUGCUGCGGUUGGUCACCUUUCUAUGCUGAAGAUACUCAACAAAUGUACAAAAAUAUUUGUUUCGGUAAAAUUAGAUUCCCAAAGGGAGUUAUUGGAGAUGAUGGAAAGCAAUUCGUGAAGGGACUCUUGAAUAGAAAUCCAGAGCAUAGACUUGGUAGCAAGAGGGAUGCUGCCGAAUUAAAGGAAGAUCCAUUCUUCAAAUCAAUUGACUGGAAUGCCCUCGCUAAUAGACAAGUUACACCGCCUUUCAAACCACUAGUUGAAAGUGAUGAAAGUGUGGCAAACUUUGACACCGAAUUUACUGGUGCUGAUAUCAGAGAACAUGGUGUUCCUUGGGAUGAUGAUGUUGCAUCACCUGACAGAGUUGAUAAAAAUGGUAACGACCAAGAUUUGAAGCCAGCUCUAGGAUCUGGUCAUGUCACACCAUCAGGUGAACACAAGGAAAGAAGUGAAAGCCAAAAGGAACCACGUAAAUCAUUUGAUAAACACCAAGAAAGGCCGCAUGUUUCAUUUGAUAGACCACAAUCUAAUGAACAAUCUAUACCUAAGGAAAACAAUAACCGCAAUCAUGACACCUUUAGAGGAUUCACUUAUACAGGCGAAAGAGAAGGUGAAUGGGCAUCUCUUGAGCAACGGAGGAAAGCGAAAAUGGAGAAUGAAUCAGAGGAAUACGCAGUUGGAUCUGAUGAGGAAGGCGCUUAAAUUGAAAAGUUGGUAAUACGCAAAUGGAAUUAUUUCUUGUACUUUCUUAACAAUCACAAAUUAGAAAUUUAACGAUUUAGCAAAAGCA